AUGACUUCGUUUAACCGUGUUGCUUGGAAAUGUGUAAAUGCAACAGCUGGAUCUCCUUGUGGUGACAUAUGCCCCUCCUCACACACUCUCUGUCUUCCCUCCAGAGACCUCAGCAUGAACAACAUCAGUCAGCUGCCCCUGAGUCCCCUGCACAGCCUCCGCUUCCUAGAGGAGUUACGUCUUGCCGGAAACGCUUUGACAUACAUUCCCAAGGGAGCAUUCACUGGCCUUUACAGUCUUAAAGUUCUUAUGCUGCAGAAUAAUCAGCUGAGACAGGUACCCGCAGAAGCACUACAGAAUCUGCGAAGCCUUCAAUCCCUGCGUCUGGAUGCCAACCACAUCAGCUACGUGCCUCCCAGCUGCUUCCGCGGCCUGCAUUCCCUAAGGCACCUGUGGCUGGAUGACAACGCUUUGACAGAAAUCCCUGCCCAGGCUUUCAGAAGUUUGUCAGCAUUGCAAGCCAUGACCUUGGCCCUGAACAAUAUACAUCACAUACCAGAUUAUGCCUUUGGAAACCUCUCCAGUUUGGUAGUUCUGCAUCUCCAUAACAAUAGAAUUCACUCCCUGGGAAAGAAAUGCUUUGAUGGGCUCCACAGCCUGGAGACUUUAGAUUUAAAUUACAAUAACCUCGAUGAAUUUCCCGUUGCAAUCAGGACACUCUCCAACCUUAAGGAACUAGGAUUUCAUAGCAACAAUAUCAGGUCAAUACCUGAGAAAUCAUUUGUAGGCAACCCUUCUCUUAUUACAAUACAUUUUUAUGACAACCCCAUCCAGUUUGUUGGAAGAUCGGCUUUUCAGCAUUUACCUGAACUAAGAACACUGACUUUGAAUGGUGCUUCCCAAAUAACCGAAUUUCCUGACUUAACUGGAACUGCCAACCUGGAGAGUCUGACUUUAACUGGAGCACAAAUCUCAUCUCUUCCUCAAACCGUCUGUGAUCAGUUACCUAAUCUCCAAGUGCUGGAUCUGUCUUACAACCUAGUAGAAGAUCUGCCUAGUUUUUCAGCUUGCCAACAACUUCAGAAAAUUGACCUCAGACAUAAUGACAUCUACGAAGUUAAAGUGGACACUUUCCAGCAGUUACUCAGCCUCCGAUCUCUGAAUUUAGCUUGGAAUAAAAUCGCCAGUAUUCAUCCCAAUGCAUUUUCUACUCUGCCAUCUCUGAUAAAGCUGGACCUAUCAUCCAACCUUCUGUCGUCUUUUCCUAUAACUGGGUUACAUGGUUUAACUCACUUAAAAUUAACAGGAAAUCAUGCCUUACAGAGCUUGAUAUCAUCUGAAAACUUUCCAGAACUCAAGGUUAUAGAAAUGCCUUAUGCUUACCAGUGCUGUGCCUUUGGAAUAUGUGAGAACAUCUACAAAAUUCCCAGUCAGUGGAAUAAAGGCAACAACAGCAGUGUGGACUAUUUUCAUAGGAAAGACGCUGGAAUGUUUCAAAUUCAAGAUGAGCGUGAUCUUGAAGAUUUCCUGCUUGACUUUGAGGAAGACCUGAAAGCCCUACAUUCGGUGCAGUGUUCGCCUUCCCCAGGCCCCUUCAAGCCCUGUGAGCAUUUGUUCGGUAGCUGGCUGAUCAGAAUUGGAGUAUGGACCGUAGCAGUUCUGGCACUUUCUUGUAAUGCCUUGGUGACCUCAAUAGUGUUCAGAUCAUCUCUGUAUAUUUCAUCCAUAAAACUGCUAAUUGGAGUCAUCGCUGUGGUGAACAUGCUCAUGGGGGUCUCCAGCACUGUGUUGGCUGGCGUGGAUGCCUUCACUUUUGGUAGCUUUGCACAACAUGGUGCAUGGUGGGAGAAUGGCACUGGUUGCCAAGUUAUUGGGUUUUUGUCCAUUUUUGCUUCAGAAUCAUCUGUUUUUUUGCUUACUCUGGCAGCUCUGGAGCGUGGGUUCUCUGUAAAGUGUUCUAUAAAAUUUGAAAUGAAAACUCCUUUCUCUACCCUGAAAGCGAUCAUUUUGCUUUGUAUCCUGCUGGCUCUGACCAUUGCCAUGGUUCCCCUGCUGGGUGGCAGUGAGUACGGUGCCUCUCCACUCUGCCUGCCCCUGCCUUUUGGGGAGCCUAGCACCACAGGCUACACGGUGGCUCUCGUCUUGCUCAACUCUCUUUGCUUCCUCAUCAUGACCAUUGCCUACACCAAGCUCUACUGCAACUUGGAGAAGGGAGACCUGGAGAAUAUUUGGGAUUGCUCUAUGGUGAAACACAUUGCUCUGCUGCUCUUCACCAACUGUAUUCUUUACUGCCCUGUGGCUUUCUUGUCCUUCUCCUCUUUGCUAAAUCUCACAUUUAUCAGUCCUGAUGUAAUUAAGUUUAUUCUCCUAGUGAUUGUCCCACUUCCUGCAUGUCUCAAUCCUCUUCUCUACAUCCUUUUCAAUCCCCAUUUUAAGGAGGAUCUUGGGAGUAUAGGAAAGCAAAGCCCCUUCUGGAUGAGAUCAAAACACCCAAGCCUGAUCUCUAUUAAUUCUGAUGAUGUCGAGAAACAGUCUUGUGACUCAACCCAAGCCUUGGUGACCUUUACCAGUGCUAGCAUAGUCUAUGACCUGCCUGCCAAUUCCGGGACACCACCAGCUCAUCCAAUGACUGAAAGCUGUCAUCUGUCAUCUGUGGCAUUUGUCCCAUGUCUCUAAAUAUGAGGGAAAAAGUUUUCAAAAAUUGGAAACCUGAAAAUGUGAGAUUGAGGACAACAGAGCAGUAGUUAAGACAACUGAGUUGAAACUUGGUUUAAGAACCAAAAAAAAAAACAAAAAAACAAAAAACCUCUCAGUGUGAAAAAGCUGAUACCUAUUGAUACUUGAGAGUGAAAUAUAAAUCUAAAUGCUGCUUGUAUUAUUCAUACAGAUCAGUUCACAUUAUUUAUGAAACCCCAGAGCAAAAAAGCAUACUGAAAUGUAUUUCAAAAAAAAAAA